UCUGGUCCCAGGUGACUUUCUCGGCCGAGGUAAACAAUGAGCAAGUACCGUCGAGUCCUUGUCCCGUGUCUGGCCUGACCGGGCCCGGGUUCCCCACUUCGACCCCCUCCAGGGAUUUGCUGCAAUAUAUACAUUCUAUGAGGGAACAUAAACCGUCCAGUCACCCACAUCGAGAUCCACGGCGAAAUAUCAAGAUGCUGAAUGUGGUGUUCAUGUCUGUGGUGGUUUUGGCACUCAACGAAGUCUUAGGAAAAAAAUUACCCGAUUUCGUGCCUACUUGUAAGCGGAACGACCCAAAUCUCGACGAUUGCAUACUGAAAUCUAUCGAAGUAGUCCGACCGCAUCUGAAUAAUGGAAUUCCGAAAAUCAGGGUACCAGCGCUCGAGCCGCUUCAGAUCCCAGAGCUGAACAUCAACAGGGACUUGCCCAACCUCAAAGUCAAGGCGAAUCUGAAAGACGUCAAAGUCUACGGUGCAAGCAGCUUCAAAAUAAACCGACUCAAGACGAAUAUCGAUUCUUUGAGUUUGGAAAUGAGUGUUACAAUCCCUAAGUGCUAUGUCACGACUGAGUACGACGUCGACGGUAGGCUUCUUUUAGUGCCUCUCAAAGGAAAAGGACUCUUCAAAGGAAACUUCACAAACAUCGUGGCUGACGUCAGAGGAACCGGUGAGCUCAUAUCGAACAAGAAAGGUGUUAAGUACGUCGCCAUUAAAAGUCUGAGGAGCAAGGUCAAAGUCGGCGACCAAAUCGUCAAGUUCGUCAACACCGAUAGAAACCCACAAAACGAUCUCAUAACGCAAACCGCGGCGAAUUUCAUCAACCAGAACAGGCAGCAGGUUUUGGAAAUUGUGACACCGAUCGCGGAAGAGACUGCGGACGCAAUCAUCAAACAAAUGGGAAACAACGUACUUCGUUCAAUCCCUUACAACGAACUCCUUCCUCAAUAAUUCGUCCUUUCCACCUCCCACCUUUCAUUUUUAUAAAUGCUUUUUCCUUCUUAAAAGAAACUGUGUUUAAUUACGCAAUGAACACGAUUGAUAAUGAGUUACCUAUAAAUCACGCCAGGUCUUGUUUAUAUAUAUUAGCGUGAUGUAGUCAUCGUAGGGCUGAAAAAACUUUGUGAUAAUUUCCUCAUCGGUUCGCGAAUGAAAAUGGAAAAUGUCAGACAAGCCCUUUAAGUAAAAAACGUUUUAAAUAAUUUAUUACACUAAUUUGUAGC